AUGUCUCAGGACACAAGAGGGCGGGAGCUGCGUCCCUUCGGCGUGCAGGUCUCCAUCAUCGAACCUGGAGGCUUCCAGACGGGAAUGACCGACCCCGCCCCGCUGGUGAAGGGCCUCGCUCGCCUCUGGGAGCGGCUCCCGGCAGAAGCCCAGGCAGCCUACGGCCGCCGCUACCUGGAUAAAUAUGCCGAGAGCACCACGCUGCUGCACCGCCUGAGCAGCUCCCGCCUGUCGCUCGUCACCGAUGCCGUGACACACGCGCUGCUCUCCCGCUGCCCCCGCAGCCGCUACGCCGCCGGCUGGGACGCCCGGCUCAUCUUCCUGCCCCUCAGCUACUGCCCGGCCUGGCUGUCCGACACCAUCCUGGGCUUCUUCCUGCCCAUCCCGGCCAGCGGGAUCCCCUGACCAGAGCGAGGGGCCGUGGCUGUCCCACACCCUCGAGAACGUGCUCAGUAAAGGCGCUGCAAUGCUGGGA